AUGCGUCUUCCAACGGCUGCUAUUCUUGCCACCGUCCUCGCCUUUACGCAGGCUGCUCCCGUCGAGCCAACUGCCACCGUCGAGCAGACCGUCGACGUUGAGCAGGCUAUGCCAGGCCAAUCCCCAAAUCCCAGUACCUCGGAAGCCUCUCCGCUUGUAAGCGACUGCCAGCAGAUUACCAGGAACAUUGCCAAUGGUGGUCGCUGGGAAGUUGAGGACUUUGGUGGACAGCACCAGCUUGUCCAGUAUGGCACGUGUGCCUUUGGUGUCACCGGCGACAAAUCCAUCAACGGAUUCUACGUCGGCAAUUCCGAUAUCAUUGACCUGAUCAAUGAUUCUAUCAGCAGAUAUCAAUGGCACGGCAAGGUUGGGUCGAAGGGUGUAAUGGGUUGCCAUUCCCUCCUCGGAGCGAUGAGCGGUGCUAGGGUUACCUGGGGAUUGUACCAUAACCUCCCGCAGGAUCAAUUCCACGUGGUCAAAGGGACUGCAAAAGAACACCAUGAGACCCAUGAGAGCGGCAUGCACCUGACCCUCCGCUUUUGCGGGACUUGUGGCUGUCCGCUAUACAAGACAGCCGAUCGGCAGGAGGUUGAGGGUGGUGUGAUUAUUCUCGCGGGGACGCUGGAUGAUCCUCGGGCUCUUGAUGAUGCCAAACCCGAGGCCGAGUUCUUUGUCAAGGAUCGAGCUUCAUGGUGGCCGGCCCUGGCUGACGCGAAGCAAUUGCCGGAAUUCACUUGA